AUGCCUGAGAGUCCCUCUAUUGAUGCGUCGGUCGUAACAAAGACUGGAUAUUUGUCGUCUUCAAAGUUUGCUAAAACUGGCGCAGUAAAUAUCGCGUUUUUUUUUAAAAAAAAUGAAAGCGUUAUAUAAAUUCACACCUAAUCUAAACUUAUUUUUUUUCUUUGUUAAUUAAUGAACGAUUUUCGUGAAAUUUACUAUUUUCCGUAGUAGCUUGUUAGUCCAACGAAUGAUUUUACGCCGUUUAUCUUUUCGGGCAUUGGACAUUUUUAUAUUGCUUCUAUAUUUUUCUUUAAUUGGGCUAUCCCACUGUUGGAAACUUCAUGUUCUAAGUUUUUUUUUUAGAACUAUAAAAAUACGCGUUUAUGUGUCUUCAAUUUUAGUCUGCUUUAGUCUAACUGUAGUCUAACUGAUUAUAAAUAUAAUGCUCAAAAAUAGUUAAAAUGUUUGAAAAUUUUACCAUGUUUAAAAAAGGCAAAUAUAAAUUUUCUAUCAAAAUUUUAAAUUUCUAUGAAUAUUAAAACACAAUAUUAAAUAUUAAUAAAUACGAACAUAUUUCGCUUGUGGGCGCAGCCACUGUUGUAGGUGGGAAAUUGGAAAGGUAGGAUACAGGCGGGAAUUUGAUGCACAUCUAUAAGUGACAAUAAACCAUUGCAAAUGAAAAAUCGAUUCUGAGCAGAGUUCAGUUGACAGUGUUGCUUUGUCAACAGUAUAUAUAUUAUGUCAUAUUGUGGUAAAAUGAUAACAACAAUGUGCGUUUCCUUGACGCAGUAAGAAAAAAUUCCAGUAUAUUAAUAUAUUAUUACCUAGGGAAACAAAUAAUAAUUUAUUACUAUUUCAUUAUUUCAAUCAUUUCAUAAUGAACAUUGUUAUAUACAGUUUAUAAUACUCCGUGAGAACGAACCUAAAAAAAAUGAAUCGAUGUAAUGACGGUUUACCUUUUCUACCGGGAUACCGUUUUAACACCAUAGUAAGUUUACACAAAUACAAUACUAUUGCGGGCGUCCGUUCGCGCUGAGUUCUAAGUAACUUCAAACCGAAUUUAAAAAUAAAUGGACGCAAUUUAUUUAAAUAUGUAGUAAAAAUUAUUUAAAAACUUUGUUAGUUGGGCGAAAUAGUCUGGCUUGAAGGCGCUCAUGAAAGAUAGUUCCAAACUCGUCUGAAAAGGCGUUUUCAGCGGCUCAUUUAUAUCCUGGACCCCCGACUAGAUUUGCUUACCAUGCGCUUUUUUGAUAAAAACACGUUGUUUCGUAGCUGGGCGAUUACCUUUCUACGAUAGGACUCGCGCAUUUAGAUCCUUGAACUCUUAUGAUCGAUUUUAGAAUGUGCGCAUAGGUCUUACAAUUAAAAAAAAAAAACCAUUUUGUUAUGUUUUCCUCUCGGAUAUCCAUUUUUACUUAACAUAUGGAGUCUUACUUUUUCGUUAAGCGAAAGGCGUGUAUAGUGCAUUUAUGUUUUUCUGGUUUUAGUUUAUACGAGUAAAAACUAAAUAAUAAAAUUAUUUUGUUCACGUUUAUAUUUAUAUAGAAAAAUGAUUAUCGGAAGAGUUCAAUUUUUGGAUACAAAAACGGAUAUGCCCUAAACGCGGAUAAAUCUACGGGCAUCGGCAAUAGCCCUCUAGAAGUAGACUCUAUUUUGAACGCCAAAGUACUAAAAGACAAUAGGUCAGUGAAAUGGCUAGUGUCGUUAAAUUGAAAAUAAAUAAAUAAUAAACAUGCAAUUUAUUCAAACAUAAGAUAUAUCGUAUUCUGUUUUAUAAAUUUUUUUAUUUAAUUAUAUUGUAGUAGAGGUACUUAUAACUAACCCCCCGCUAAUGUGUAUUAUAAUAAAUUAUAGUUACGAUCUUGCUAAGUUGACUUACGGUGUUCCCAAAGAGCCACCUAAACCACUUUUUAAACCGCAGUUCGUAUUAUUGGAUGGGUUAGUUUUGUCUUUCAAAGGAUAUAACGUACAGAAUAUAGAGCCACCCUCGGUAUUCACGCACAGAGUACGUCAUGUUAAUAUCAACUACUACGUGGUCGACGAUACUAUUUCAAUAUCGGAACCUACUAUAAAGGUAAGACUUCUUAAAUUAUUAUUAAGUACCAUGGAUGAAUAAUAUUUUCUUAUAUACUUACACACAUAUUUGUUAAUUUAUUCUAUUUAGGCGAGCUUGAAAAACAAAAAAAUUAAGAAACACAGUUAGUAAAUUUACACGAAAGAAGGGUCCGCGUUGGCGGCGUGCACGGUACGGAAAUUGGAGAGUUGAAAGAGUAAUUAAUAGACGAUAGGGGGCUGAAAAAAGGUUUUGAAUAAUAGGUAUAAUGGAGGGGAAUCUUAAAAGAAAACUGUGGUAAUAAAGAAGGUGAAUCAAUUUUAAAGGAAAUGAGAUUAGAGAGGAAAAAAAGGUUAAAAAAGUGUCUACGGUCAGAUAGGUUUGACAGGCGUAAUUUCAAGAAGAUGGGAUUUAUAAGCAAAUAUGUUUAAAAACAGUUUGAACAAUUAACAUACAAAUAGGAAAAACAAUGUAUACAUCCACCAGUCACAACAUUACCUAAUUUACGUUUUCUUACCCAUCAUGACAAAAUAGAUUAUGGGAAGGCAAUCGUGAAGCUGGUGGGAAAUAUUUAAAUGGGAGGUGACUAAAGCGAGAAACUUGCGUUGGACACGUUCAACCAUCAUGCUGUCGUAAGAAGUGAAAGGGUCCCAAAGUACGGAUCCUUGUUCCAGGAUAAGACAUGCAAGGGAGAAAAAUAGAGAUUCUAAAGGAGAAGGGGAUGGCAUUGUUAAAAGGAACGGCUGAUAAACCCCCGGAGCUUGAAGGCUAAUAUUAUAUACUCAUCCAAUCAUAAAAGGUUUUUUUUUUUAAAUAUGAUAUCGUGGAGAAGGUUUUAAGCAAUUGAAAUCCUCGAUCUGACCAUUUGAAGUAAAAGACUUAAUCUGCAGUAGUAUGGGCUGGAUAAAAAAUAAUAAUUUUGAGGAUAUUUUCAUUACUUAAUAAACAUUUAACUAAUUUAUAAAGUUUGAAAAGAAAAUUGAAUGAAAUACAUUUGUUUUUAAAUUAAAAGGCAGCGACGGGUUAUUGGAGUGAUAGUGCCGGAAAUUUAAACAAGAAAUCCCCGAAAAAAUUGUUUUUAUUACACAUUUGUUUGACACGGACCAAAUACGGUACCUAGCAUAGAUGAAGAAUGGGCGAGUGAGUAGAUGCAGCGUCGUCAUCUGGCUGAUAAUUUAAUGAAAAAUUCGGUAUUAAGAAUGUUCAUAUCGCAGCAUUAUCACUCAUUUUAGUAUAUUCGUAGCUUAACGGACCUUUAAGGUCAAACAAGAUUUCCAUCACCAACAUUUUCUAUUCUCUUCUGUCAUUUGCCAUAAAUAUUUGAACUUGCAGUUUUUCAUGACGGAGACCUUCAAACUUUUGGGGUUCUUUUGCCUCUCAUUUCUGAUAUCAAUUUACCUACCUGCAUAAUGGUUUAUCGAUCCGCACUGUAUACAUGUCCCAGCCAUUCGGGUUUUCUACUUCUCGUAGUUCGUUUGAAAAUUACUGAACAUUAUUAUCAUUACUAUACAUAUAGAUGGUAAUAUUUUUAAAUGCGUUAUUAUUGCGUUUGUAGCCCUAUACUGAGAGUGCGCCCCUUCACUAAUAAACAGACCAGACUGCACCGCUUCACUAUUCGAUGUGAAUGUCCCCCAUCAGUUUUGUAACUACACAUAUGGUAUCCAACCUUCAACGGUUAAAGAUCAAAUAAUUGUUAAUGUUACCUGCAGUGGUCUAUAAAGAACUAGACGAAUCAUUAAAGAAACAGAUUGCCUCAAAAGAGUUUAUUUGCAAAAUAAACAGCAGACAUAAAAAAAAAAAAAAAACACUAAUAAUAAUAGUAAUAAUACGUACGUGUACACACUCUCGUUGAGCGAGCGACGGCACUAGAACAACUAAAAUAAUUUAGUGGAAAAUAAAUCGCGAAACGUUAAUCAAUGCGCGAUUUCGAUUUAUUAAUAAAGAAAGUGCCAAUUGCAUAAUUAUGGCAUUUAUAAGAAAAUAUGUUUAAAAACAGUUUGAAUAAUUAACAUACAAACAGGAAAAACAAUGUAUACAUCCACCAGUCACAACAUUGACUAAUUUACGUUUUCUUACCUAUCAUGACAAAAUAGACAGGUAUGAUUAUAGCUAUACCUAGGCAUUACAUUUAGUUGGGCUAAAAAUAUUCAACGUUUACAACAUUAGCUGUUAACAUUUUUCGUUUCAGUGCCCUUGAUGCCAAUUAAAAAUUUGUCAUUUUUUUUUUUUUGCACAUUGGUCUUGGUACUUAGUGUUAUAGGAAUAUCUAGGAAUAUUUCGCUCAUCAUCUAUCAUCAUCCCCCCCCUAUUACCUCCCCCUUAAAACUUAUCACACCUAGAGAGACUGUUGUCAGUAGCAAAUAAUAUUAUUUGAUUCGUUAAAUCCUUUUCAAUGUUUAACAACGAAAAAACUAAUACAAUAAUAAUAUAACUGUACAAGGAUACAAUUAAUAAAGUCAUUUGACGGAAGGGGGUAACAAAUAUUCGAGGAUUCAAAAUACUCCCUAACCUCUAUCUAACUACGUCUAAGUGUAUGCUCACGUGUUUUUUUUUAAAUACAUACCCCGCUCAAAUAUUUCUUCACUUUUUUAUUAGCUAGGUGACCAGAACUAUCAUGUUCAUGAUAUCAAAAUUAUUACGAUUUUGUGUUUUUUUUAUUUUCCUAAUCAACGUCACAGGAUGCAGGUUACGUGCAGGGUGUGAUAUUAAAACGGAGUCUGGUACCGAACCCGAAACGCCCGGGCAAAAUGUAUCACUUUUCCGACCUGAAUAUCGGUAUAGAACUGACGAUGAAUUUCAUGACGUACAGAUUCUGUAGCUGCAACUCUUUUACAAGAACUUUCAUGACGAAAGAAGGUAUUGUGUUACCCCCCAACGAAACUAUGCCUGACGACCCUUACAUGGCCGCCAGACUGCACCAAUUGACACUCACCUCUAUUGGGAUGAAAAAUUCGGACGAUUGCGACGACGUCGAACACCAUAAACUAAAACGGUUCAUCAAGUACGACGGGAAAGUACUGAGGUAAAAAUAUUAUAGACCCAUUUAUACCGGUCGCGAAUGAUAAAAAAAAGAAUUAAUUUUUUUAAACAAAUAGUAAUAUUAAUAAUAAACCUAACUUUACAAAAUUAAGUAUAUCGCGAUACUGCAGUUAGUGUAUGCACAUUUUCCAUCAUUGAAAAAAGGCCCAAGCAUUUGUAAAAUUUUAAAAUUUAGACGAGUACCCUUUCUGUAUUUAGCGAUAAUUUUUUGUAUCAAUAAGAGACGUGUACGGUUAAAUGAGUGGGAAGGUGAUUGUCGAAAAACUGCCAAUCAUAAUAUCUCCUUAUUAUCCAUAACCAACAUAUUUACAUUUUUCGUUUUUUUUUUUUUUUAAUUGACAUAACUUACCAAACAAAACUAAUAUUUUACUGUAUUCAAAAGAUUCUACGCAGCGUGGCACGUCAACGAAUCCGAAUCCGAAUACGAACCCCCAAAUUGGAGGAAUUUUCUAAUCGCUUAUUACUUAAAGGACGACGAGGUGGAAAUAAAUGAAUUGAAAUACGGGAAGAACGAGGUUCCAAGUCCAUCGUUUUUAAAGAAAAUGAAAUUACCGAUGAAUUUGAAAAAUAUACCAUGUGAGUAAAAGUAACUCAUCACUAUUACCGUCAUAUUUUAGGAUUUACAUAUGUAAUAAGGGCCUCGACAUUUGAGAAACAAUUUUUCGUCAUUACCAAUGUAUUGAAUUGGACAAUUUUUUUUAAAAAAAAAAAAAAAAAAUUAACAAACCCUUUUAAUGCGUAUACCAUCACGGUUGGUAUUUAAAGAUUUUUAUUUUCCAAAAAAGUAUCGUCCAAAAGUUAAAAUAUGGGUAAUUUAAAAAUUAAUAUUCAUUUUAUAUUUUUUCGAAAUCAAAAAAAAAAUUGUAUUUAGUCGUAUAGAGUUGAAUAUAAAAUCUGUUACGUGUUUGUCUUUAAUAAUAAAUUAAUUGUCCCGUCCGUUCUUGUUCGAGCAAAUUUUUUUACCAACAUUACUUUUUGGUUUUGAUCGUGUAUAAAAGUAUUCUGUUAUGACAUAUAUUUUUAAAUUAUAAAUUACUAUUUGCCUUAAGCAUUAAAUAUUUCUGGAUACACCACGUUAAGCGCCUCACUAACAAAAUUAUAGGUAAAAACGGCUAACAGUUUGGGCGAACAGCGGCGUUACCGAUUUCAUUGUUUUAAAUAAUUUGUAUACACGACGUUUUCUACCAGAAAUAUUACUACAAUCAAAAAGGUACAAGUUAUUGAUUUUAUUCCUUGCAAUAUAAAACCACUGAAAAGGAAAAUCGUUUUUUGAUAUUUAAAGAAUUUUUCACAAUAAUUGGGAAAAACCAAAAAAAUACGACUCUUUACAAAUUACGGCGCAACGAUUUUAUUACUUUAAAUUUGUAAGCUUUCCGUUUUCUACCAAAAAUAUUGCUCUAAUAGAAAAACAAUUAUUCAUUUAUUUUUGAAUUUUCAAUCUAGUUGGUCGAGAAAGACUUUUUUGACUUUUUUGUAGUUUUUUUUUUAAUAAUUGAGCAAAACUAAAAAAUAAGUAAAAACAACGGGAAAAUUUAAGAGAAUAAUAUUUUAAAUUUUUGUUUUUUAAUGUAAUUCAGUUAAAAAUAUUUGUAGACUCGAAAUUUUGACAGAAAACUUGUAUUUACUCUUUCUAGACUAAGCUAUUUAUAUACCUUUUAAUUUUUCGAAUAUUUUACGCUAUUUUUAUUUGGUAGAUUAAAAUUAUUAGAUUGUUAAACAGGGAUGCUCUAGAAUUUGACAGGAGGUCCAUUAUAUAUUCGUACUUAAUGGUCAAAAAAAAAAUUGAGUUUAAUGUAGUACCUGUUUUUUUUUUUUUUAUUAUUAUUUAUAGGAGAUUAAAAAUCAAAUUUUGACGAAAACCGUAAACAUUAUUGCCUUUCAAAAUAUAUAUAAUCGAACUGCGUUCCGAAUCGUUUUUCGUUAGCAAUGGUUUAUCGUUUGUUACAGGUAUAAAUUCAAUAACUUUAUGUAUCCUACCUUCCUAACCAUCCCCAGUAUCAAAUAUUUUUUUUUAAUAACUAAUAUUUUUAUUAUGAACUUUAAUACUCGAUAAUAUUAAUUAUUUGUAGCAAUCCUAUCAUACGUAACCUUAAAUGAUAAUGUAAAAAAUGAAUGUCGAAGAUUUUACAAACCAACGGAUUUUAUAAUAGGAAAUACCAUUUGUGUAAUGGGUCGUAGGUAAGUGCACAAAAAACAGUGGUUCAAAUUUGUUAAUAUUUUUUUUCUUGAAUUUCAUUAUACAUUUCUUCUUUUCAGAUUUAUACUGUAUGACUGCGAUCAGUUUACACGAGAUUAUUUCAAAACAUCUUUAAAAAUAGUUCAACCUGAUCCAAUAAACGUUAUGGGUUCUAUAAAGAACGAAAACAAAAAAAAGGUAACUAUACUUAAAUUAAUAGUAAACAUUUUGAUAAAAUAUAUUUACAUGUCAUGCUAUCUUUGUAUCCCCGGGUAAUCUUUAUUUAUUAAUAGUUGAUCAAAAAUAGCUCUAGUCUAAAAAACAAUCUUGCAAUCUUUUGAAUGUUCGACAUAGUUUAUAUAGAUUUUAAUAAAGCAUUCGAAUAACUCAAUCAUGGAAUCCUAUAAAACUAUAAUGUGCUUUUCCCAUUACUCACUUCUUAUUAUAUAAUUUCAACAUUUUUAAAAUGCCAAAUUAACUUUUCCUUUCAGUGUUCCUCAGAGCAAUCAUCCGUCGUCUCUCUUUUUUAAUAUUUGUAUAAAUGAUCUCCCCAACAUCAUUCAGCACUCUCAAUAUUGUCUUUGUUCACCAACGAUGUAAUAAUGCUUCCGAGUCAUAAGCGGAACAAAUUAAGACGCAGUUAGCUUUCAAUUUUUAAGAAAUAGUCCGCUUAUAACUCAUAUUUAAAGCUUAAUACGGUAGAUUAAUCGGUGGUUACUACUGAUUAAUCUAAAGUAUUGCAUUUUAAUAAAUAAUGCGAUAAAUCGUAAUUAUAGUUACUCUAUUUUUGGAUCUAACCCCGAACAAAAAUCUCAAAAUUUCAAAGAUCUUGGUGUAGCGUUCAAAUCGAAAUGUUCUCUCAUUUGAUCCAAUUUUCGGUAUUGCUCUUCAAUUGUUAUUAAUAAUCUAUAAAUAUAAUACACAAGUAGGACGAUGCAAUAGAGCCAAUUCAAAACAAUUGUUUACAUUACGUCUCAUUUGAAUUCAAUGGUCCCAGACCUACCCACGAGUCUUACGAAAAUGAUCUCAGAUGCAUGAUGCAUAGCUCUUACCGAAUUUGUAAUUGGACUGUGGCCCGUUUAAAUAAAUAAAUAAAUAGUUGUUGAUAAUCGUUAUUUAUGUUUAGAUAUAUCCACCUCAUAAUGGGUUCGGUGACCCGGACGAUUCGCUGAGAAAUUGCAUAUCGUUUAGACUUCAACCACCGAAAUCGAAUUUCUUGAACUUUAUGAAAAAUUACAACAAUAUACUCAGAUAUAAAAUGAAAAUGGUACCCCGGGCAGAAGAAGACGAAGACCGUCCUUUCUGUAUGGAAUAUAACCUAGCCAAUAAUUUAAUGAAAAUAAAUGAAGGACCCUCUCGUGGAUUUAUAAAGAAAAAAUUCAUGUCGGCAUUUCGACUGCGAAAACCCGGAUUUCCGAUCGAAGACAAUGUUUUUUACGGGCCAAAAGAUUUCGCAAUCGGUAAAUAAUACAUUUUAUAGCUCAUUGUUUUUAAACCUUUGUGUGCUGGUGUCCCAAGAUUUUUCCUAAAUUUUUCAUACGAGCUUUUUGAGAAUAAUUUUCAAUGACCGGGGCUACCCGGCCCACAUAAUUUUUCAAUUAAUAUAACCAAAAGAAACUAUCGCCUUUCAUUCUUGUUAAAUAAAACAACUAGACAGUCGACUGCUGUAGUCUAUGCGUAAAAAAUAAUGUCGCCAAUAAAAUGGCCACCGAUUGUUAUCUUAGAGGUGAAUGUUUACAAGAUAAACUGACAUGAUAAGUGAUAAAAUACUAUUUUGAAACUUUGCUCUAAAAUGAACAAUAUAUAUAUAUAUAAUAUUUAACCCUUUAUAUGGGCAUGGGAUACUAUAACAUGGCAUGUUAUGACAUCGUUCCUUAUCAAUGCUAUAAAACAUAAACAUUCGCCUCUUUGAUAGGGACGGUGGCCAUUUUGCUGGCCAUCAUAAUAACACCAGAGUCGGCUAUAUAAUUGUUUUAUAUAUCUGUUUAUAUCUGUUUUAUAUGUGGUUUUAAAUAAUAAACACAGCUAAAUGAGUAAUAGGUACAUUGAAAAGUUCAUAAUGUUGAUCAAAACCAAUUCGGGUCGGCAACUUAUCAAAUAUUUUAAUUAUUUCCGCGAAGGUCAACCGACAAAUCACAUUUAUAGAAUUGAAAAAUUAAAGUCCAAAAGUAUUCUAUUGCUAUUGUCAUGUGCAUAUACUUGCAUUACAUCCGCCAACGUCUAUUGAUUUUUUUUGUGUUUACCGAAUCCUACUAUAUUUCACUGUAGUUUCACAUAGUAUAUAUGUAAUACAAUAUAUUGUAUCUCCGGCUCUCGUAAAAUAUUUAAAAAAACGAAAGUUUAAACCAUGAAAUUUGUGUACAAAAUUCAUCAAAAUGGUGGAUUUUCGGUUAUACUUAUUUGUUCGCUCGUUUUUGCUCUUUGUUUUUGCACAUUCGUGUUCACUUUUUUGCUUUCACUCUAUUGUUGGGACACCAUUCAUUAAUCAGGAUACACCUGAAUAAUUGUAUUUUAUACAAGAUGAUUAUCUUGGAAACUAGAUAACCAAUGAUAUAUUAUAGUAGUUAUUACAAACGAUGAUAAUAUUAUUCGUGGUUUCAGGAGCUGAAAUAUACGUCAGAGGAUCGGUGUUCAAUAUCGUCGAUCUCGACGAAUGGACAUACGACUUUAUGAUGAAAAAUGAAGACAUUUUCACGCAAGAUGCUAUUGACGGAGCUAAAAAUCAUUUUAUAAGUAAAGGCUUACUAGUAGAUGCGCAAGAAAAUCGUAAUAAAGAUCUCAAAACUAUGCCGUCCUCAUUUAGUAACGGGAGAACGAUAUAA